AUGAAAAUUAAUCGAUCACGAACCAGCCUGUCACAAAGUUCAAAAUCUACUCAAAUUAACCAAGUUCUUCAAAGACCUAUUGAUGAGAUUAUUGUAGCUGAUUCUACUCUGCCUCCUAAUGUUACUGCACAAAAAAAAGCCAGAAUUUAUAAUUUUACUAAUGACUUAAAAAUUCGGAAUAAUUUAAUGGAGCAUAUGGAAACUCUCAAACAAGUUCUGCAUGAUAAGAAUAAUAAGAUUAAGAAAUUGAAACGUCAAGCAGGAUAUUAA